CGACGAGUCUCACUUGACAGCGAUUUCAGCUGCGCACGAAGGCCUACAGCAAGCGCAAGGACUAUGCUCAGCGAGAAAGCCAAAGGGAAGCAGCGUGCAAUAGACUCGCCCCUUGAACAGGCCUCGUCCUCUACACCACCGGAUGAUUCCAGAGACCUGACGAUCCGGUUUACUGAGGGUAUCCCCGACUUUAACCUCACAGUCCAUCCGAAGGACACAGUGAGGGAUGUUAAAGCUAAUAUAGUUAAUGGUCUCCCCCAAUUGAAAGAUCGUCGGCUUCGUCUCAUACACGCUGGGCGUUUGCUAACGGAUGGAACGCUCCUUCACGAAUGGCUGACAACCCUCGAGGAGCGACAAGUCCGUGCCUCCGCUCGUUCACAAGAUAUUUCAAAGGAAGAUCAAUUGGUGACGUGGUUGCAUUGUUCUGUUGGCCCCGUGAUCGAGCCUGGAGAGAGUGAAGAGGAGAAACUACAAGUAGCUCAACUGCAACCACUAAGGGGAUUUGAUAGGCUUGCUGCUGCAGGAUUCUCUGAGGAUGACAUCGCGAAUUUCAGACGGCAAUUUCAUAGCCAAUCGUCGUCAAAUUAUCUUGACAUUGAGUUUGAGAACGAGGAAGACUAUGACGAACACGCUCGAGCUCUCGAAGAACAAUGGAUAGACUCCAUGGAUAACGUCAACACAGCGUCCCUUUCUUCUGCCUCCUCACAGAGCCUCAUUCUCCGCGGUAUUGUCAUCGGGUUUUUCUUCCCAAUCAUACCAUUUUUCUUCCUCCGUGAAACGAAGGCCGCAGUUUUCUGGGAAGAGGGUGAGCACGAGAGUGGGGAGAGUGUCAUAUUUUCACGGCGCACACAAGUAGGAAUCGUUUUUGGAUUCUUGGUGAAUUUACUCUUCGGGAUGUGGAGAUAUUUGCUGGACACGUCGUAGGUGCACAUGGAAUUCUUAUCAUUGGAACUUGAGUUGGGCUGCAUUGCAAUUACCUAUACACUGCAAACAUGGUACAACAUUCAUAUCGAUGCAAUAAAUUAUCCUUGGAUUAUUGUCAGGCGAGUCGCCAGACGUUUUGAGUGACGACCCGGUUUCCUCAGCUC